AUGAGCGGCCCGCAGAAAAGCCCCGGGAAUCCUUCAGGAGGCGGGCUGAUUGAGCAUUCAAAGCCUGAUGCGUUGAAUAUGUCCAGACGUUCAGAGGGCUUGACGGGGGCGGCCGAGACGGGGGCGGCCGAGACGGGGGCGGCCGAGACGGGGGCGGCUGAGACAGCCGCAGUUGAGACCGCGGGAGCUGAGACGGUAGCAGUCCAGAGCACUUGA